CACACCAACACAACUAGUGUGCGAAUUCCAAAAGUCGCGCAACGUCCUGAAGUGGUCGGUUGAGAACGACGACGACAACAUCAAUAAACAGCCGCCUCUGUCUUAAUAGGAAGACUCUACGUUCUUUACAGUAAACAAGUCUAGUCAACAAGCAGACCAAAUGAGCGCACACUUCAGCUAAACGAGGAGCACAAACCAAAAAAAAUAAAUAAAUAAAAAUAACAAUAAUAAAUAACGCUAAUCAACACAACCCACAAACACUAUCAAAAUGCGUGUGGUGGCAAUGGUAAGCGGCGGCAAGGAUAGCUGUUACAAUAUGAUGCAGUGCGUCGCCGAAGGUCACGAAAUAGUCGCACUGGCCAAUUUGCAUCCAAAGGACAGAGAUGAGCUGGAUAGCUUCAUGUAUCAGACCGUUGGCCACAUGGGCAUCGAAAUACUCGCCAGCGCCAUGGGUUUGCCCCUCUACAGGCGGGAGACGAAAGGCAAGAGCACACAGACCGGCAAACAGUAUGUGCCCACCGAUGAUGACGAAGUCGAGGAUCUCUACAGUUUGCUGGAUACGUGCAAGCAUGAACUCAAUGUGGAGGCGGUGGCUGUUGGGGCCAUAUUGUCAGAUUAUCAGCGUGUGCGCGUGGAGAAUGUGUGCAGCCGCCUCAACCUGAUAUCCUUGGCCUAUUUGUGGAGGAGAGAUCAGACUGAACUGCUGCAGGAGAUGAUCGACUGUCAGGUGCAUGCCAUUAUCAUCAAGGUUGCCGCUUUGGGACUUGUACCAGAUCGUCAUUUGGGCAAAUCGCUGCGCGAGAUGCAAACGCAUCUCCUCAAGAUGCGCGACAAGUAUGGCCUGAAUGUGUGCGGCGAGGGUGGUGAAUAUGAGACAUUUACCCUGGACUGUCCGCUGUUUAAGCAACGGAUCGUUGUCGAGGAUAUCCAGACGAUCAUUAGCAGCGCCGAUCCCAUUUGCCCCGUGGGCUAUAUUAAUUUUACGAAGCUAACGCUGCAUCCAAAGGAGCCGAAUGUCGGCGGUGAUGUUGUGUUUGUUAAGAAGUCACUCGAUUAUAUAAGCGAUCUCAACGAGUCCACGUACAGUGAUCUAAGUGAUCCGGACUUUAGCGAAACGGAACUGGAGCUUAUCGAAAAGGAGACGCGUCUGCGAGAAUCGCUUAGCCAAAACGAGCUAAUCUCGCGCAGCAAUUCAUUUGGACGCCAUUUGGCCACAUCAUCGUCCUCGCCCAUACCCAUUGUAACGAAGAGCGCCAGCGUCGACGAGCCCAUACCGACGGCCAGCUCCAUAACCGGCAGCGCCUCAUUGCUGCUGCUGGCCAAUGCAAAUCAAUCGACAUCCACAUCCGCAUUGGGCGGUGGCGUUGGCGUUGGCGGUGUCGGUGUAGGUGUAGGUGUCGGAGGAGGCUGCGGUGGCGUCUGUGGCGGCAGCAGUGCAUUGCAGGCAAACAGCUGUUGUGGCUUUGGCAGCUCACAUCCGUUGGGCAGCAGCACGGCCGCCGUAUGCGGCUCGCUGUCGCUGGCCAUCUCCUCGCUUGGGCUGAGCACAACGCAGUGCAACAACAAUGCGGCGACGACGACGAUGCCGGCGGGCAUAACACAACCGCCCAGUCCCAUGAAAUAUGAGCGAGAAUUUCGUCCACUUGCUAAUCAGGCCAAAGCGGCCAUCAAUGCCAAAGGCUGGAUGUGGCUGGCGGGCAUACAGGGCUGUGCCUCGAGCAUGGAGAAGGGCAUGCAACAGGCAUUGGACACACUGCGUGAGUUGUGCCACACCAACGGCUAUGAUCUGCAGGACUUGUGCUUCACCACGCUCUAUGUGCGCUCCAUAGCCGAAUAUCCGGCAUUAAAUAGCGUCUAUUUGCAAUCAUUUGGCUUUCACAAUCCACCGACGCGGGUUUGUGUCGAAUGCCCGCUGCCAGAUGAUUGUCAUGUGAUUAUGGAGGCAAUCGCUUAUCGUGCUCCAGCCACGUACAGCGGCGAUGAUAGCGAGGAGACGCAGACGCUGCUCAAUGGACGACGUAAUACGAUGCAUGUUCAAGGCAUUUCACAUUGGGCGCCAGCCAAUAUUGGUCCCUACAGUCAAUCGACGCGGAUUGGCGACAUCACAUACAUCUCGGGCCAAAUUGCGCUGGUGCCGGGCAGCAUGACAAUCAUUGAGGGCGGCAUACGGCCGCAAUGCAAACUGACGUUGCGUCACAUCAGUCGGAUUGCCAAGGCAAUGAAUGCCCAAGGUCAGCUUAGGGAUGUCGUCCAUGGCAUUUGCUUUGUCACCCAUCCGGCAUUCAUUGGCGAGGCCCGACGCCAGUGGGAGAGGCGGACCACAAAUGCCAUCAUGGAUUACAUUGUGCUGCCCGCUCUGCCCCGAGAUGCACUCGUCGAAUGGCAGGUGUGGGCACACACCCACAACGAUCGUUUCGAUUAUGAGGAAACUGGCUGCUCGGUUAGCGAUUAUACAAUUUCGAUUCGUCGUCGAUGGAACUAUGAGAACAAUUGUGCGGCAAUUGUGUGCUAUGUGGCCACGGGAUUGGCCUCCUCCACCACCCAAUUGACGCAGUUGAGCGACGAUGUGCUGGGCAAUCAUUGCCGGUUAGCACAGGGUCUGAGUGCUGAGAAUCUGGAUGAGAUUCUAACCUAUAUUGUGAAUCGUUUGCUCAAGGAUUAUCCGAUUACAAGGCGACAACGCCUGCUCGAGCAACAACAGGAGGAGCUGAAAGCAAAUAGCACUGCCACGCCCACAGAGGCAAUGACACUGACCACAGUACAAGCGGCGGCGACACCAGGAGGCGCCGGUGAUCAGCAGCAACAAACGGCAGCAGAUGCCAACAACACAUUGCCAGCGAUACAUUUAAAGCUGUUCUAUCAGGUGAAUGCGGCACCGCCAACGGAUCUGUUGCUGCAGGCGUUGCAUGAUUUUCGGCACAAGUGCCAGGAGAUGGCAUCCAUUGUGUACACGGUGCUCCCGGCCUGCAGUCUGCACAAUUUUAGUACGUUCCUGUCCAUAUGCGGUGUGCGGCAUGAGUAGAGAUUGGAAACUCGAAAUUCUAGAUUGGAGAGUGGAGAGUGGAGAGCCAGUGGGAGGGAGUCGAGUCUGGAUGAGAAGUAACGUCCAAUGUUUCAAUUUUGAAACCGACAUCAAACACACACACACACACAUACACACACACACAGAAAAAUACGCACACUACUCUCAACUAAACUAAGAAUGUAGGCGUAACACGCCCAUUUGUUGAUAUUGUUAACUAGCCUCUGUAUCUAUGAACUUUACAUAUAUUUACUAUAACUAUUUACAACAGCCAGUCAAGUCGAACAGACAGACAGAUCGUAAUUAUCUUAAAUUGUUUCGGACCAACAACAAAAUAUAACACCAACAACAACAACUACAAAAGUAAAAAAAAAAAAGAACAAACAAAUUCAUGCAUGGCAACUCGAAAGUGUUUCAAAAUGUUAAAAAAAUAUACAUUAAAAAUAAUAAUAAUAAUAAUAAAAUGAAAAAGGAAAACCGCUUAAUAACAAAACGAAAUUACAAAUCGAAACUAAAACUCAAGUUAUCAUGCAAAAUUUCUAUGCAAAUUUUUUGUGCACUCUAUACUACGCCCAAUUGUAACUGUAACUUUAACUGUAAUCUAUACUCGGAUAACCGUUAACAUAUGUAUUUUCGAUGUGCUUUUCAUUUGUUGCUCAGGUUUCGCCUUUUUCGACAUUUGAUUUAUUUAUAUUACAAUGGUUUUUUAUACUUUAUCUUUUGUGAUGAGAUUAGCUCAACUUUUUUGACCAAAUAUAAAUACAAACGAAUUGCUUUUAAAAGUCGUGUAUCAUAAUCUUUAACUAUGUAUUUAUAUCGUCUAUAUACGUGAUGACUUUCAACACAUUGUCAUGCCUACUUAUGGAAAUAUCCCAUUGAAAAGUAAAAGAAA